AGAGUAGCUAGAACGCAUGAAAGAACCACUUCCGAUGACAGUUUGCGAGAAACGAAAAAAAGUGUUCCGUAGCGUAAAAUAGAAUAACCAAGCCACCUUGUUUUAUUAGAAUCGUCUGAAAAAGUGGCUAUAUAUUUAAAGUGCGAUAUAGAUUUUUGAAUCCGGCGUUUGAGUGUUUGUUUAGUUAGAAGCUGUACAUCGACUCCCAUUUUGACCAUGGGACUAUUUGGAAAACAUCUUAAAGUUCCGCUCGCAUCGGCCGUGUUCCCGGCAGUAUUCCUUUGUCUCUGCCAACAACUAUUGGUACCCGUUGCGGCACUACAAAAAGAAAUGACCAUCAGUGUCGCACCGGGGAAGGUGGAUUGUUUCUUCGAGGAAGCCAAAGCCGGGCAAAUAAUCGACAUCGAGUAUCAAGUGAUCGACGGUGGUCAUGGCGAUCUAGACAUUAGCUUCGAGCUGGCUGAACUGACGGGCCGGACGAUUUUUGCCGAUUACAAAAAGUCUGACAACAUUCACCGGUUCCCGGUGCCGUACGAUGGGGAGUACAAGUUUUGUUUCGACAAUGGCUUUAGCCGGGCCAACAGCAAGACGGUGUUCUUCGAGCUCAUUAUCGAGCGGGAGGGCGAACAGGAGGACGCAGGGUGGGCGGAUAUCGAUCUCCUCGAGGGCCUUACGCCGGAAGAGUUCUACGAGAUGAAGGUGCAGGAUAUGGAGGAUGCGAUCAAGCGUGUACGCAAUCACCUCACCAAGGCGCGCCAGCUGCAGGACGUACUGCGUUCGCACGAGGCCCGCGAUCGUAAUGUAGCCGAGGAAAAUUACUUCAAAGUGAACGUGUGGUCGUUUUUCCAGAUACUGGUUAUGAUCGGCGUCGGCAUGCUGCAGGUGUUUAUGGUGAAAUCGUUGUUCAACAACGAUUCCCGGGCGUACAAGCUGCUCACUAAGCUAUAACGAGCGUCCGCCACUGGUGGGCCUUUUGUGCGCUUUAAUACUCAAGCAAGGUUUUGCUUACCAUACCAAAGUAUCAACUUGUCGCUCCACAAUGAUUGACUCUCGAAUACACGACAUGCGCGAAUAGUGAUAAUCAGAAACAUCGAGCACAAAAACAAUGUUCUUGUUUAAGAGAAAGAACCGAACCUAACACUGUGCCAUGAACUCGAACGGGCAAUAGUGAGAUCGUUUUACUUCAUAUGCCAUUUAUCGAAAUAGAAAAUAGUAAUUUUAUUAAA